AUGGCCAUCAAGCUCAACGCAGAGGCUGGACCCUCCUACACGCCCGCGGCGACGUUGGGUGCACACACGCGCUCCGUCACGGCCCUCCGCUUCUCGGCUGACGGCAAGACGCUUGUGUCUGCUGGCGCUGAUGGCUACGUGCACCUCUGGGACGCCAAGAGCGGCGUACAUCAGCGCGCGCUGCGUUGUCAUCAUACAGGCAUCAACGACAUCUCACUCUCCCCCGAUGGGCUGUAUUUCUGCACUGCCAGCGACGACAAUACCGCGCUCGUCUUUGCUUCUGAUCCUCUGGUCGAUGCAGUCACCGGCGAUGAUCGGGUACACACGCAUGCUGUCCCCCUCCGCACACUGUCAGGGCAUACGGCGACAGUGCUCUGCGUUGCGUACGGACCCCGCUCCAACCUGCUCGUAACGGGGAGCUAUGACGAGAGUGCCAUCGUGUGGGAUGUGCGCCGAGGACGCGCACUCCGGACCCUGCCAGCCCACGCCGAUGCUAUCUGGAGCGUAGGAUGGGACGCUGAGGGCGCACUGGUCAUUACCGGCAGUGCGGACGGAUUGAUACGGCUGUGGGACGUAAACACCGGCCAAUGCCUCAAGACCCUCGAUAACGAGUCCAACUCCCCUGUCUCCUCUGCUUCCUUGACACCCUCGUCGUUCCACAUCCUCACGGCCUGCCUAUCUUCCGCGAUACGCGUGUACUCCUUACACACGGGCAAGGUGCUCAAGACACUCCGAGCACCCGAGUACGUCUGCGAACGCUUCCCAUCCCCCGUGAUUGUGUUCGGCGCAGAACGCAAGGAGAACGACGCGAUGGACGUGGACAGUGCCGUACCUUCCGCUGCGCCAUCCCCUGGACGGACAAAGGGCCCGGCAGCCCUCGUAGUGGCUGGCAGCGAGAACGGCAGCGUCGUCCUCUGGGACAUGCAGGAGCGGCGCGUCGUUGCAGUGCUCAACGGCCACACAUCUGCCGUCGUCGCCCUCGCAGUGUCGCCAGACGGCACGAUCGCGUCGGGCUCGCUCGAGCCUGAACGCUCCAUCCGCCUAUGGCGGAUAGAAUAG